AUGGAUAGAACACAUAAAUUGAAUUAUCAGCGUGAUGUUGAGCAAUACUUAGAAAAAAAUAAAGUAUAUGACAUUUUUGAAAAUUUGAUGAAAGAUUUAGUUAUUGAUUAGCCUGCUCAACCCUUAGACUAUUUAAUAAAGAAAUUGUCGGAACCUUAACAAAAGAGAGUCUUCGUUGUUGGACCUCCUGGCUCAAAAACAACUGAAUUAGCACUUUAAUUAGCAAAUGAAUUCAAAUUUACCUGCAUCAGUGUUGGAAAUCUUCUUAAGAAACAAAUUUCUAUGAAAAAUACCUUGGGAGAAGAAAUUGAAAACUCCAUCUAAAAAGUAGGUUAUGUUCGUGAUGAAAUAGUCAUCGAUAUAGUUAAAAAUGAAAUCGAAGAGAUGGAAAGAAAAAAAUAAAACUAUUUGCUUGAAGGAUUCCCCAAAACAAGAGUUUAAGGUCUUGCUUUACAAAGAGUAGGCAUCAUUCCUGAUACUUUCAUCAUUUUGAAUUAAGAUGAAAAGAGUAUCAAGCAAUCUUGCUACAACAAAAUUUCCUCAAAUUAGGAUGGAUACUAUUCAAAUAUCCCUUUAAGCAAAGUAGAAGAAUAUGCCUCCAAUCACGCUUUAGAAUAUACUUUGAAUUUAAAUCAUGUGAAAGAAGUUUAUGCUAGAUAUUUCUUUGAAGUUGAUGUUAACAAUGUUUCUUCUGAUGGUGAAUUACUUGAAGAUAUGGCUCGUUUGAUGGAAUUCAAGAUAAAUCCUAAAGGUCCUAAAAGAAGUGCUAGAAUACUUGUUAUUGGACCUCCUGGAUCUGGAAGAUCAACUUUAGCCAAAAAAUUAGCUUAGAAGUAUGGCCUUGUUUAUGUCUCAACAACUGAGUUAAUUAGCGAUUAAAUUGCCAAGAAGACAGAAGUUGGUAGAGUUGCUUUGAAUCUUCUUAACAGAGGUGAAUUAGUACCUGAUGAGAUUAUCAAUGGUUUGGUUGAUAACAGAUUAAAAUAAACUGAUUGUCAUUUGCAAGGUUACGUACUUGAUGGCUAUCCUAAAAGCUUAGUGUAGCUUCUUUGUCUUGAAGAUUUAAAUAUAAAUCCCUCUUUAAUUGUUGAGUUAGAAUGCUCUGACGAACUUGUUAUUUAGAGAUUCUAAGGAAAGAAAGAUAAUCCAAAUGAAUCCAUUGAAAAUAUCAAAAAGAGAUUACAAAGAUGGAAGGAAUUACUUAGAAGCAUGGAAUAAACAUACAGCAGAUUAAUUUAUAAAGUUUCUGCUACUUUACCUCCUAAAAACAUUUUAGAAAAUGUAUGUUUUCAUUUGGAAAACAGUGGUUGA